AGAAGAUAGAUACAUAUAAGAAGUCAACAUAAACCAACCACAUUAGCGUCUCUCCUCGACCCACCACGGCGUCAACUAUUUGACGAGCCUGCCAUGAUUUCUUCAGUCGUUCGCUUCAUCCUUGUGCUGGUUCUGCACAACUCAGCGAUGCUGACGUCUUUGUUGGCGCGGUUUUUGGGACAAGGGGUUUUCCCCAGCGGUUCUUGCACUGGUUUCAACGCUGUCCACCUGUACGUCGCGGCUGUGCAAUCCCGGCUGCGGAACACCAAGAUCAAAUCUGGUCGUCAUCGCGAAGAUACGCGCAGUGCCAUAGACAGUGAGGACAUACGAAACAGGCCGACAGACAGCAAGGAAGAGGGUGCUGGUGCCAGAUUCGUUGCGGCUCCCGAAGAGGUGGAAGACACAGUGGUUGCGCCUCCCGUCGACGUGGCUUCUAGUGCCACGACGUAUGCCCGAGGGAAAGGGAAUGAUAACGAGGACGGACGUGGCUUAGUGCUGCGCGGCCAGACGUUGAUGGGCGGCGGGACCACAGUGACGCACAGAAGAACUAAAUCAAGAAUAAAGCCGAGAAUUCAUUUUUUGCAGAAAUGGAAAACGAAAAGGCAGAAUUCGGUAUCGGAACAGGAUCAACAGGAAGGAGAAACUUCUUUGCCUUCGACCUCGUCGCCCAGAGCAUCUGGCGCAUCGAAGGACCAUGAGGAAAAACCUCGGAUGAUUGCCGACAUUGAGAAAAGCCACCGCGAGGACCGUUCGUGGGAGAAUCAUUUACGACAACACAAUGGGGGACAAAAUCUUCUGCAAGUCAGUGCAUCACGAAAAACACAAGGCAAACAGGCGCUCGCGAGACAAACUACACUCUUGCACGAGACCAAAGCUGUGCCUAGAAUCGACGGGUACUGUUUGGGCGCCGAUGACUUCUUGAACUGCCCCACGACCGGCCCGAAGGCGUCUGUAAGUUUUCGCUCUUCGCAAGAUGAUGGGCCGGAGAUGCAAAUCCAACGGCCUUCCUCGGCGGUCCGGUGCAGGACGAAGCAGACCUUCGACUUUGGGCCGCCGGCGGUUGAAUCGCAAUCGUCGCGGCCGCGCAUGACCGUCCGGUUCGACGCGCGAAAGGUAAAGCCCGACGUGAACUUUCAAAUUGCGUGGUUCGUCGCCCCACUGGACGAUGAUGGGCCGACGGGUCGGCCGUGGUGCGGCUACCGCUGGAAGCACGACCGAAACGGCGCAUUUAAGUUCCGGACUGCCUCGUGUCUGCAACUUACUCUCGUGGACAUGAACGGGAAUGCCAACCCUCUCCAAGCAGGGCGCGCCGCCAGUGGGACCGCCGUUUUUCCCGAACUGGAUAGGACGGGUCAGACGGGCGGCGCGAUCCAGACGGCAGCGCACACCUGGCAGCUGGAUCCCAGCACCACCGGCGAGCUACUGUUGGAAACGCGCACCGGUCUGCCGAACGACGACUUCGUGUUCAGCGAGGUAUUCACGCCGGUAGAUAAUAAAAGCGAUUCGCAGGAAGUGGUAGAGGCUACACCGUUUGGCGUGACGUUGUCGGGCCAUGGCGCACCGUCGCCGACUGCCCCCGUUUAUGCGGACUACUCGCUGCCCCGCGCAUGGUUUUACGAAAAGAUGAGACAGAACGGGGUGCAGAUUGGGGUCUCGCUGUCCACGGGCUUUGUGCCGGUCCAGCAGGGUAGGUUCAGCCAGCGGAUCGGGGACCUGGCGGGGUCGAAACUUGCUCUGGGCCCCUUGCAGCUCUGGCACGCAAGGGUCGUGCAGGGCGAGGAGCCAAACCUGGUCAUCGUCGACGGAAAAUGCGUGCCGCGACAAACUCUUCCGACUUCCGACCAAACAAGCGUGGUCACGGAGGCUCCGUCUCUCGAUGUUGCAGUCCCGAUCACCAAUCCUGUCAAGACCACCACCACACCUACUCCUACAAUUCGUACUAGUACCCCCACCAACAUUAUCCCAGCCACCACAACAGUUCCCACCUCCAGCACCUCUACUUCUACCGUCACUCCCACAGCCACAAUUCUGCCCACGACAGCUACCGCCCCCAUAACCACCCCCAUGCCAACAUCCAGCGCUACCGACAGCAGUACUAGUGCGAGCACAAGCACAGCAGCGUCUGAAUCCAACAUGACCGCGACUGGUUCGUCGAAUACCAGCACAGUAGCGCCGACGUCCUCUGACACCGAGAUGAACACCCCUGCCGCCACAAGCACCAAUGCGACGGGGACAAUUAUGAGCACCAGUGCCCCACCAGCGAUCAACCGCCUUGAAGGAAACGCAAAUCUUACCGAUGGAGGCGUGCUGCCAGAAAUAGCUGGGCACAUAGGCCUCCCUGUAGUCUCUGCAAUGGCCAACGCGAGUACAACUGGUGAUUGUAGCGAGACCUGGGGGAAGUGCACCGAUGCGGAGUGUUGUCAACUCGAAAUGGAGCAUUGCGUGCGAGAUGUGAAGAACGAAAGCGAAAGACUCUGCGUGCCGGACGAAUUAAUGUUAGAGUACUUCGCGAAUGCAACCAAUGAAGACAAGCUACUGAAAUGAAAAUCGGUCUUCGAUCAGCAGCACACGAUUUUGCGUAAGUUUUCGCAUACAUUUCUGCAUUUUUAUGUGCAUGAGGCCUGUGAGAACCGACACGGAUUGCAUUCUUCUGAGUUCAUGUCUGUAGAUCUUUCGUUGUUGCGCGACUGGCGAGUAAAGCUGAAAUCAAAAGGAAAACUGCGCACUGUUGCUCGCUGAACGAGCGGCGAUUUUCAACUGCAUACAACUUGCCAGCGCCGCCGGAAGAGGCCGGAAUGCUGCACUCCCCUUCUGCCUUGCGUAGCGCUAUCGUGCCACGAGGGUCGGAGUCCGGCAACGUGCGCACACUCCUCCUGGUUGCGGCCGCGGUGGUCCUGAUCGCCGGAAUGGUAUAUCUGUUGCUUCACUGUCUUUACGGCACUGACCGUCAUUCCGCGGCCGCCUGGUCGUUGAGCGACGCCGAGGACGCCGAGGUGAUGGCCGAGUCUUCAUCCGACUAUCACUCCUACGAUCCGUCGACGGGAGGUUCCGCGGCCUCGUCGAAACAAGCUGCUCUCGGGGAGCAGACGAGCAAAAGAACCGAUCAUGGGGAUAAGCACAAAUCGGACAAGCAAGCAGAAGCACUGCAGGAGCAACUUGCACAGGAUUCUGCAUCUUCAUCUUCCGCUCUUCCGCAGUCUCCGCCUGUUCCUUCGCCAGAGCAGGGUUCCCCUGGACAACCAGACGCGGCGAGAAAGAAGAAGCUGAAAGGCAAGCGCCAAGCAGAAGGAGGUCCAGGAGGCACGGAAGCCAGCUCUGCCGGAACCCGAAUCGGUUCAGUGAAAAGGAGCCAACGUGGUGCACAGCAACUCGUUCCGGCAAUUCCAGCCGUCGCAGACAGCAACCCAAAACCUCGGUUCUGGGACAGGUUCCGGAGGAACCGGUCCAAGACUCCACCUCCAGCACCUAGUGUUAAAGCGACCACGCCUCCGGUGGUCCCGACGCCCACGCCGAUGCUCACAAACUUGCUACAGCGGGCGAAGCUUGUUCGGCCUGCGGCGAGCCCCCAAACGCAACAGGGUGCUGAGGUGAACUCGUAUCCAGGUAAACAGGAGCGGAGCCCGAGCGGCGCCGCGCUGUCGCAGGUGGACUGGGAGAGCCAACUGCGACAAACCGAUCAAGUAGGAACUAGUAAUCUCUCUUUCCUAGCCGAUCAGCUGGAGGAUAAGCUUUAGCCUUAACAUUUUUUACCUGCAUGGAUAGGUAGCGCUACAAACAAGAGAGAAACACUUUGGAGUCCUGUUCUUUGUAUACUUUUUCUGGAUCGGCGGGCUUGUAUCGAGACCGCUUUCAUCAGAAACUCCUGAGCCAUACGCCUAAUUUUUCAUAAUCAUAAGCGUAUGGACAUGGAGUCCCGUGCUGUGUUUUUCGCUUCCAAUCGUUCGACUCACUGAACAAAGAAAAA